CGAACUCCAUAAAAGUUUUGUUCGACUCGAUCGGUUUACAAUCCUGCUAGUAAAAUAAGCUAUCAACAAAUCAUUUAGUUACAAUAUCAUGCAACACAAAACUAAUCUACAAAAGCUUCGUCUUCGCCUCCUCCCUCCUCAAACACCCUCCCUCUAUACCCAAAGUACCCUUCCCCAACUCCUUCAAUUACCCCCCUACCCUCACCUUCACACCCUUCACCCCAAGGAUGAGCUGGCUCAACUGGCUAGGCUUCGGAGGCCGCUCCUCCGCCGCCGGAUCCUCUUCUUCCUCGUCUAUCGCACAGGGCCCCGACGGAGACGCGCCGGCGGCCGGUCAGCGAUUCGCACAAUUCGGGGCGGGAUGCUUCUGGGGUGUCGAAUUGGCCUUCCAGAGGGUGCCGGGUGUCACCAAGACCGAGGUCGGGUACUCCCAGGGCUAUGUGCACAACCCGACGUACGAGGACGUGUGCUCGGGCACCACGAAACACUCGGAGGUGGUUCGGGUGCAGUACGACCCGGAAGAUUGCGGGUUUGAUGCCCUGCUUGAUGUUUUCUGGGCGAGGCACGACCCGACGACUCUUAAUCGCCAGGGGAAUGACGUUGGGACUCAAUACAGAUCCGGAAUUUACUUCUACACCGCAGAACAAGAGAAAGCUGCAAUCGAGUCGAAGGAGAGGCAGCAAAAGGUCUUGAACAAAAACAUUAUGACUGAGAUUCUGCCCGCCAAGAAAUUCUACAGAGCCGAAGAGUAUCACCAACAAUACCUCGCAAAGGGAGGCCGAUUUGGUUCCAGACAGUCAACUGAGAAAGGCUGCAAUGACCCAAUUCGUUGCUAUGGCUGAGGAUAAAGAAUUAAUAACUAUGAUUAACAUUAAGAAAUCAGUUUCAUUCAUACUGUUGAUGAAAUUGUCUUGUUAAAUAGAUGAAAUUGUGUUUUUUCUUGUUAAAACCUUUUAAGUCUGUUAAUUCUACCGUUGCAGGGACAUUUAUCACAGCUUGUUCUGGACGAGUAAUACCUAUGGUCAUAAUAAAACUUUGUUGUUGGGUUUUUUCUAAAUUUCAUGUGUGGAUGUUGGUGGCAGGCAGAUAUAUGCUAAUGAAUAGUGGAAAUGCAAACGAACCGAACGUUGCAAGAGCAAAGUUUGAUCAAUUUUCAAAUAAGGCAUUUUCAUUUGUUUGUUG